GACUCACAAAGGACUGUUUGAGGGUAAUUUGCAAGGAAGUUUCUUCUUCCCCUCCCUGGCAUCUUGUGGAGUUGGACACACACUGGAAUAUAUUUCAGUAAUCUUCACCAGGAGUCUCACAUCAGUGGAGAGAAGAGAGAGCUUCUGCAGAGCGCUGCUUCCCGGAGACAGACGAGGGCAGAGGGUGCGCUGGAUGGGGGCCACAGCCGGGCCUGAUGGCAGGAGCCCAGAACGCAGCGAGCUCUAACCACGUCCUCUAGGGGGCUCCGAGGUGCUACAGUUCACGUGGAGACACUGAGAAGGUCGUGUGCCCAUGAGGUCGUCCAUGCUGGUCCUGUUCCUCUUCUUCAGUGCCCGGGCUGUGGCCUCCAUCGGAGGGGACUCGUGUCCCACCACGACGGCACAGCAGCAGCAUCCAGGUGACAACUCCAUCCCCACGGUGGACCCCAAACUCUUCACCAAGCGCCACUACCUCUCACCCAGGGUGCACUUCAGCUCCCAGCCCCCCGAUGCAGAGCCGGCAGCGUCACAGGGUCGGCCCGGCAGUAGGCCCCGCAGGCGAGCGGGGCAGCCUCAGCACCGCGGGGUGUACUCGGUGUGUGAGAGCAUCAGCAUCUGGGUGGGCAACAAAACCAAGGCCACGGACAUCUCAGGUAACGAGGUGACGGUGCUGCCGGACGUCAACAUCAACAAUGUCAACAAGAAGCAGUACUUCUUCGAGACCAUGUGCCACAGCUCUCGCCCCGGCAGCUCGGGCUGUUUGGGAAUCGACGCAAGACACUGGAACUCCUACUGCACCAACUCACACACUUUCGUACGAGCGCUGACCACCUUUAAAAACCUGGUGGCGUGGAGGCUCAUACGCAUCGACGUGGCCUGCGUGUGCGUGCUCAGCCGCAAGUCGUGGCGGCAGUGAAGACUUGACCUGCACCUCACACACACACGUAUACACUCACACCCUCAGUCAGACACAUAUGUACUCAUGCUAACAUGCAGACAUUUGUGACUCUCUCUUAUCACGAAAGACUUCUCACUCGGCACAAAGUAAAUUAUUGGUCAAAGUAUCAGGACUGCAUGUACAUACACAAGACCUGGGUCAAACCGUAUCCACAGUGGUUUGUAGCCGGGGAUCCUGGGUAAGAUCUAGCCCUCAGUUGUAUUUCAGUGGGUGGGACGACAUAGUCAACACAUUGAUAGAUUUAGUUUUUUUUCUCUACAUGAAAACCACUUUAUCGCUCAAACACGGAAUCCAACAGAAUUAUUCACCAUGUAUGGCUGCAGAGGGCGCUGUUGCCCGGUCAAAGUUACACAGUGUUGCUUUAAGCCUUGGUUAUGGGGCCCUCUAGUGGCUAAUAGAUGAUUUGAACAAGACAACCUUAUUUGCAGUGUGAGUUGCAGCUUCAGGGGACAGUGUGUGGGGGGAGGCUUUUUAAAGUUUUAACACAACAACACGGUAAUUAUGGGAUUUUUCUGCCACUAAUCAUGUUUUCCUUUAACACAACCCACUCCCUCUAAGCAGCUUACGGCAACCCACAACUAUUUGAGAUACAAUUUGACCCAGGUCUGAUAUAAGUGAAACCUUUUGUUCAAAUGUUGCUGUUGACAUUGUUAUUUAUUAAACACUCACAUACCUGCACUGUGUGCUUGAUGAAGUUUAUUGUAUGAACACUAAAGCCUGUUGUUUCCCCCCGCGAGUCUUGACGUGAGAAGACAUUUUGGCCUGGAUGAAGAAAAGAAGAGAAAACCCAUAUGGCUUCAGUUUGCCGCCAGUAAUUUGGUGUGUUGGCUUUGCUUUGUGUUUUUCCUGCUGCUCUUCAUUCGACAGUAGAUAUGAAAAUGCAUAAACACAAAAAGGCAUUGACCAUGAUUCAUCAGUCUGACUCUUUUGGCUGAUAAUAUCAGGGCCCGUCCUUUUCUUUGAAUUGGCAGUGACAUUUCCGUGUGGUGAGUGCUCUGCAGAGAGUACUCAAGGCAGACAGUGGCUGUACAAGUUGUCGGUCUUCAGGCACGUAGCCCAUUUCUUUAGCAUCACAGCUGACAUUUCAGAUGUCUGAUGUCAGCUCUGUGAGCUUAGAGUAAAAACUUGAAACAGAGACAAAGAGCAGCUGCGGACAUGAUGUGUCGGAGAAAUAUCCCCACAGAGCCGUCUUACCUGUCACCUGUAAAUAUGAACUCUAUGAAUAUUAAUAAACACUUUGUUAGUU